UGCUGUGUUCCAGAUCCUCCCACCCAAUACACAUGCCCCAUGUUUGUACAGUAAGUUAAAAGAUGUGUAUAACAACUAGAAUAACAACCUAUAAAUAAUAAGUUCAUCUCUAGGCUCUAGGUCUAGCUAGUUUUGCAGAUUUAGACUUUUGGUAUAGACGUGUUUAUAUCUAGAUCUAGAUUAAUUCUAUGGAUUCUUCUUCGGUCAAGCACCAGCACUACUUCGAGCCUAACCGUGAGAUCACCCCUCAGUCAAAGAAACCCAAACUCUCUCCAGUGCUCGUGGCCGUAUUGAUAUUAACCUGUGUAGCUCUGCUCAUUACAGCUGUGCUGACCAUUAGUAUUGGUGUGGGAAUCUCUACCACACAGCAGCAACAAGUCUCUGGACUUCAAAAUGUGUUCGUUUCAAAUAACAAGCUUGAAGGGGAGUAUUAUGGUGCCCAAGGUGGUAUUCAUUUCCAGAGUACAGUGAACGGCACCCACUUUUACUACAUAGUGAGCACGGCAGAUGGUGAGUUGAUUAUAAUGAUGGUGCAUCUGAGGGAAUCACCCAUGAUCAUGAUGGAAAUGAAUAGCACAGCCUUUCUCUUGAUGAAAAAUAAACAGGGUCCUAAUGACGAAUACGUUAUUCCCGAAAGCAACAUAGACACAAUGGAAUCCAUUAUGAUGGGUUAUGAGAAUAUGACCACUGAAAUGCUUGAAAAGAUGGACAAUAAGACAGUUGCCAAAAAAUCCCAUGAUUCUCUGAAAAACCUUUCAAUGAGUCCUCAAGCAAAACUAAUUAUCGAAGCUGCCCUGGCCCUAGGUAAUACUGGAAUUAAAGGAGAGGACUCUCAAGCUGUAAUGAGGUUCUAUGUGUUUGCUCUAAAGCUAUCGAAUGCAAAAGCUAGUGUAGAGACUGUUCCAACAAUGCCUAGUCAUUCAAGUAAGAGUAGUAAUCUGCGACAGAGAAGGACUGUGAAUUGUCCGGCAAACGGAGCUCAAUGUGGGGCAGGGCAGUGUCCCUAUCAAAAAUACACCAAUGCUUGUUUUGGGAUGUGUGGCGCAGAUUGCUUUUGUUGGAGUUUUGUGUGUGGUGAUUGCUGCGUUCACAACUUCUGUGAAACACACGACGAGUGUUGUGCACAAGUAGGUUUUUUCACCUUUACUUGUUUUAGUGUUGCUUUUGAAAUAUUUUGGAGUAAUUGCUACGAUAUCUUUACUUGUUAAUAAAUAAACUGCAUUGCUGGGACUAUAUCAAAAUUAUUAUUUCUGAUAUAACAUUGUAAUUAUAUAUAUAUACUAGUUUCUGACCCAUGCAUGCAUGGGUUCACUUAUUUUGUACUGGCACAUUAAUUUUUAUCGAUAUGUCCAUUUUUGUUAAAAUUAUGUUGUUGAUGAAGGAC